GGAGGAAGGUCUGGGGGCGGACCUAGGGGGAGGAGGAGGAGGAAGAGUUGCUGCUGAAAGGAGGUGGCGAAGGAGGAGCCAGAGCAGCUGCUGCCAGCCCGCGGGCACCGGGGUCCUGCCCGCUGCUGCACGAGUAGCCACGGGCGCGAUCGGUGCCAGACGUCUCCUCCUCCAUGAUCACUUUGGGAGCCGGGGGAAGACUUUGCCCGGCCGUGAGAGCUGGUCUGCGUUUCCCAGGCGCGGCAGCGGCGGCGGAGCAGCAGCAGCAGCCCGGUCCGAAUCGGAGCGGCCACAACCCGGGGCGUGUGCGCCCCGCGCGGAGCGGGCUCGGGUUCCCCACGGAAUGUCCCCGGGGCUCCUGGCGCGCUGACCCCCCAGCCGCCGCCGCCUUCGGCGCCUGCUGCCUCUCUCGGGCCGGCUCGGUGUUCGGGUCUGCAAGCUUCCCGGCUCCUGGGCAGUGGGGAAGCCCCCCGGGGCGGGUGACCUCAACUGGCCCCGACCCAGCCCUCCCCCGUGCGUAUCUCGCUUAAGAUGGCAGCGGAGUCAGGGGAACUAAUCGGGGCUUGCGAGUUCAUGAAAGAUCGGUUAUAUUUUGCUACUUUAAGGAAUAGACCAAAAAGCACAGUAAAUACCCACUAUUUCUCCAUCGAUGAGGAGCUGGUCUAUGAAAAUUUCUAUGCAGAUUUUGGACCUCUGAACUUGGCAAUGGUGUACAGAUACUGCUGUAAACUAAACAAGAAACUAAAACCAAAGAAAAUUUUCAAGAAUAUCCCUUUCCUGGGAAAGUUGGAGUCAUACAGUUUAUCAAGAAAGAAAAUAGUGCACUACACCUGUUUUGAUCAACGGAAAAGAGCCAAUGCAGCAUUUUUGAUAGGUGCUUAUGCUGUAAUCUAUUUAAAGAAGACACCAGAAGAAGCCUACAGAGCACUGCUAUCUGGCUCAACCGCCCCUUAUCUUCCGUUCAGGGAUGCUUCCUUUGGAAAUUGCUCUUACAACCUCACCAUCCUCGACUGUUUGCAGGGAAUCAGAAAGGGAUUACAACAUGGAUUUUUUGACUUUGAAACAUUUGAUGUGGAUGAAUAUGAACAUUAUGAGCGAGUUGAAAAUGGUGACUUCAACUGGAUUGUUCCAGGAAAAUUUUUAGCAUUUAGUGGACCACAUCCAAAAAGCAAAAUUGAAAAUGGCUACCCUCUUCACGCCCCUGAAGCCUACUUUCCUUAUUUCAAAAAGAAUAACGUGACUGCCAUCGUGAGGCUGAACAAAAAGAUUUACGAGGCGAAGCGCUUCACAGACGCUGGCUUCGAGCACUACGACCUCUUCUUCAUAGACGGCAGCACCCCCAGCGACAACAUCGUGCGAAGGUUCCUGAACAUCUGUGAGAACACGGAAGGGGCGAUCGCGGUUCACUGCAAAGCUGGUCUUGGAAGAACAGGGACGAUGAUAGCCUGUUAUGUCAUGAAACACUACAGGUUUACACACGCUGAAAUAAUUGCUUGGAUCAGAAUCUGCCGGCCAGGCUCCAUUAUAGGACCCCAGCAGCACUUCCUGGAAGAAAAACAGGCAUCAUUAUGGGUCCAAGGAGACAUUUUCCGAUCUAAACUGAAAAAUAGACCAUCCAGUGAUGGAAGUAUUAAUAAAAUUCUUUCUAGCUUGGAUGAUAUGUGUAUUGGUGGAAACUUAUCUAAAAUACAAAACGUGGAAAGAUUUGGAGAGAAUAAUUUUGAAGAGGAUGAAGAUGUGGAAAUGAAAAAUAGUAUAACCCAGGGAGACAAACUACGUGCCUUAAAAAGUCAGAGACAACCACGCUCCUCACCAUCCUGUGCUUUUAGGUUGGAUGAUAUGAAAGGGCCCCCAAGAGCGGUGUCCCAGCCUUUCAGAUCGAGUUCUUCUCCACAAGGAUCUGCGUCUACCUUGAAGACCUCAAAAGUGGCUUUGUCUCCUUCAGCGACAGCCAAGAGGAUAAGCAGAGGCUCUUUGUCCUCAGGUGCUGGCGUCAGAAGCUUUUCCAUAAACUCCCGGCUGGCCAGUUCUCUUGGGAACUUGAACGCUGCCAUAGAUGAUCCAGAGAACAAGCAGACCUGCUCGACCUCGAAGUUGGGUUUCGUAGCCAACCCCUUCACCAACCUCUUGAAUGGCAGCUCCCAGGCGCCCGCCAGAAAUUGCCCCGAGCUCAACAACAACCAGUACAGCCAGAGCAGCAGCAGCAGUGGGAGCCCCCUGAGCACCCAGCCGAGCACCCAGGGCUCCAAGACCGAGGAGCACGCCACCGCCCUCCGGCCCUCCUACACCGGCCUGUCUUCUUCCUCAGCAAGAUUCCUGAGCCGCUCAAUCCCAGUAAGUUCGCAGACACCACCUCUUGGCCCUCAGAACCCUGAACGCAACUUUUGUGCCUUGCCCUCCCAGCCGAGGCUGCCACCCAAGAAAUUUAAUAGCGCCAAGGAAGCCUUCUGAUAGAUGCCUUCCCUCUGUGCUGUGCAACUGUCCAUGCACGUCCAUUCUGCUGGCUCCUCUUCAAGUAAAUGCCAAGUUCCAACCGGG